UCAUGCUUUUCAGUGGUUUACUGAAAUAUAAUGGUAGAUUAUAUCCUGGUAAACCCACAGUGAAAUUUAUCAAAAUAUAAUUUUCACUGUGCCGGACUACUUUCUUCCCCCAAUUGGACACCUCUCUAUGUACAUGUAUAUACAUGAGGUGACAGGUUGGUUGUAGUAGCUUCCCUUUGUUUACAUGUUUGUAACAACAACAACAACACCUGUCAAAUCUGACGUCUGCUUUAGUAUACAAUCAAGAUGUCUGUAGAAGAACUGGAUCCAGAGGUCUUGAAUGACAUUUUCACAAAUUUCUUUGACCAGGAGGAAUAUGGAGACUUUCAGGUUGCAGACAGGAACUUUAGACAAGUAGAUGCUGACCAGUUUCUUAAAGAAAAUGAAAAUAAAAAUACCCAAAAGAAGACAGAGAGUGACAUGAAGUUAUUCUUCUCUUUUCUGAUGUCAAAAAAUGAAAUGAGAAAACCAGAAUACAUUCCCCCAUAUCAGCUUAAUUCAUUACUGUGUGAAUUUAUCUUGGGUGUUACCAAGAAAGAUGGCAGGGAAUAUGAGCCUACAACUUUGCGGGGCUUUAUAAGCUCUGUUGACAGAUAUCUAAAAGCAAGUGACAGCAAUGUUGCCAUAUUCAAGGACAGAGAAUUUUCCAAAACACGAGCUGUCCUUUCAAGAAAACAGCAACAGCUGAAAGGCCAGGGACUUGGCAAUAAGCCGAGAGCUGCAGAAACCAUGACAGAGUCUAUCAUUGACCAGAUGCAUGAAGCCAGGACACUAGGUGACUACACUCCAAGGUCUUUGUUACACUCCAUGUGGUUUGUAUGCACAAACCAUUUUGGAAUGCGGACAGGCAAAGAAUGCCGUGAUCUCUGCUGGGGAGAUAUUCAUCUUAGAAUGGACGAAACUUCUGGUGAGGAGUAUCUUAUAUAUGACCAAGAGAGACAAACCAAAACCAGAUCUGGUUCAAAUCCUCGGGACAUUAGAGGUACAAAACCCAAAGCCUAUGCCACUGCUGACGCCCAGAGAGAUCCUGUACAUCUGUACAAGCUGUACAGCCAGAAACGACCGGACGAAAUGUGCAAACCUGACAGCCCAUUCUUCCUUACACCAAAUGAUAAACCACAGAGAUGCUGGUUCAAAAAACCCCACUUGGAAUAAAUAAACUUUACAACAUUA